UACGGGGACGGCAGUGGCGGUGGCUGCUGCGGGGCAUCGGGCAAAAUGGUGGAAUUGUUGUGGGAUUUUGGAAGGCUUUGGUGGUUCAGAGAGAUAGAUGUAGUUCCUGAUAUUAUUACUGAGGUAAGUGCCAGAUAUCUGGUCACGGGAACAAUGCGAUCUGGUCUCGAAAAGGAAGAAGAAAGAAAUCCCUAAUUCAGUUUCAGAUGUUUGUCAUGCUUCUCCUUCUUCAUUCCAACAGGUACAAAUACCAUCCCUAAUUUAGUUUUACUGGUUGAACAUAGCCAGAAUAUGUCAACUCCUUACUCAUCUCAGUUCCACUCUUAUGCUCCUGAAAAUCAUACUGAUAUGUAUGACAUGCCAACUGAACCACAUCGUGCUCAUCCAUCUCGGCCUCCAUAUUUUGAUGAUUCAUCUGAGGCUCCAUAUUUUGAUGAUCCGUCGGAAAAAGAAAGCAACAUCGGAAGACCUGAAGAUCAUCCGUUUGAUUUGCAUGAGGAAAGGUUGCCAGAUGCUGGAUUUGAUAGGCACCGCACCAAGGAUAUAGGAAGCAUGCAAGGUAGCUUUGAUCAAGAGAGCAGGAGUGACCACUAUAAUAAUUUUGGUGCUUCAGAUCACUAUGACUAUGACUAUGAUGUUCAAGAAGAGAACUUGUUUGAUCGUUUCUCUUCAAAACAUACUGAAGAGUUACCAGCUGUCCAAGACCACAAGGGAUUCUCAAGUGCAGAUUGGAGUCAGCAGCGUAGAAGUGAAUCUCCAGUUUAUCAUAGCACUUUAACUCUCUUCUCGAGAACAGAAACACAACCGGCUUAUGAUUUAGGAGCAAACAAAGAGGAUAUUCCCUUGAACGAUACCAAACCACCUACUUUUGAUUCAGAUGGUGUUAGUUCUGACAAGGAAACAAGUACAUACAUGCAUAUAUUGUCUUUAAGGACCAAUUCAAGAGGAUCUGAUUACUCUCAGAACAGAAUGUUCAAUAAGAAUUCUGGAAAGUUUGUCCCUGAUGUUAAUGAUAGUAUUGAAGACCAUGAAUCUAGGCCCAGGAAGCGAUACGAGAAUCCACGAGUGACAAUUAGACUGACAAGACUGACAAGGAUGAUCAUUUUGCGCCAAUGUGCAGAGGAGCAGCAGUAUCAGCAACAAGGGCACGGGCAGAGGAGGAGCAACAGCAUGGGCAGGGGAGAAGCAGAAGCAUGAGUACGGGUACAGGAGCAACAGCAGCACGGUCAGAGCUCCACCGGCGACAUGGGAGAAGCAGAGGAGAAAGCAUGGGCAGAACUCCACCGAGGUCCAAGUCAGGGAAUGGGUAGUGGAGAAGCAGCAGGACGGGCUGAGCUCCACCAGCUCCACCCUACUGCGUGCGGGAGCUCCUGGUCUGUCGGUGACGUGCGGAAGACGGGCGGAUGAAGGUCCAUGGCGGAGGCGACGCGUAAGGGAUCGUAGUAGGACAGGAUCUCGGCGGCGGAGUUCCUGGACGGCGGCGGUGGAUCUGUUCGUGGACGGUGGCAGUGGAUCUGUUCGUGGACGGUGGCGGGGGAGCAGGUCCUGGAAAGCGGCGGCAAAUGGCACAGCUGGGCGGCGCCGGACCCUAGCAAAGCGCGGAGGAAGAAGAUGGAAUCAGGGAUAUGUUUGUAAGAGUUAUAAAAUUAGAAGGAUUGUUUUGCAAAACCAUCAUUACACUGUCUUCCGGACAAUUUUUUCCGGACGGAGGGAGUACAUGUUUAUCCGGAGGACAAUAGCAAGCCUUCCUUUUACCGAACUAUAGGAAGUCUUUGUUUCAUAGCAUCCCUCAUUGCUUUCCUUCACUCUACAACAAGAAAAAAAAUGUUUUUAUGA